CAUAACCUUUCAGACCUGUGGAUCAGAAGAGGUGGGGGAGACUCGAGAGGCCAUUGCUUACCACGCCCCAGUCUUUUAUCCUCGGAGUACUCUUGGCUGUCCACUGUACUAUAGUCAGAGACAUCUGGAGAAGACAAAGAAAAUACCAUGGACAUACACAACAGAAUCAUUCCUGAUGUGAAAACCCUGAGAAGUAUUAUAAAUGAGAAACGGGAAAUGGAAGAGGCCUCCUUCCAGAAAAAUGAAAGCAUUUUGAACCCCGAGAUUGUCUUAAAUGACUCUCCCCAGGUGGUGUAUGAGGAAAGCUACUCUCUACACAACAUUCCCAUCAUCUGCCAUUAUGCUCUGGACGCUUACUACUUUGCCUCCCUGUCCUGGGUGCGGGCAGGCAAGAAGGAUGUCAAAUCAGUGCUGUGGGUGUAUCCAAAAACAGGCCGUCAGCCGGUGGAGAAGAGAGAGAUGCGCAAGCUGGACCGCCUGCCCCCGGUCCAGGCGCUGGUUCACACAGACACUCACCGCGUGCUCGUUGCCUACUGCGGCGACUUGUUUCUACGGGUCUUCGGGGACCACAGCGUGGGCUUCAAGGCGCGCUGCGUGGUCCCGAGCCGCUUCUCCAUCAGCUGCCUCGCCUACGCCCCGACGGCCGACGUGCUGCUGUCGGGCAUCACGGGGGCCCUGGUCACCUGGAUCAUCGAGCCAGGGGGGAAGGGUCUGCACAUGCUGCAGAUGGUCAGCAUGUCCGGCAGCGAGCUGGUGCAGGGGAUCAGCCUGGACGGGCCGGGGAGUUCCAUCCUGGCCAUGUGCGAGAGCUUUCUGCGGGUCCUCACGUGGCGCGGCCAGACGCAGCUGGACGAGCUGCAGGCCUUCUCGUCCCCCAACAGCGGGCACUCCCUAAUCUGCUGCUGCACCUGCUCCAGCGAGGGCUACCUCUUCGGCGGCAAUCAGGCCGGGCAGAUCCUCAUCUGGAACCUGGACCAGAGAGCCGAGCGGAAGUCCUUUGUCAGCUUCCAAGCGCACUCGGGCCCCGUGGUGCUGGUGCACGACCGCGCCAACCUCCACACGCUGCUGACGGCGGGCGGCGAGGGCCUGCUUAAGGAGUGGCACCUGACGUCGGGCAUGCUGCUGCGCCGGCUUCAGCUUUGCGGAGAGGAGCUGCUCCGCAUGCAGUUCAUCAACCGCAGCACCUUCUUCUGCCACACCCAGCACGCCUUCCUCUUGUUCCACAUGUCCUCUUUCUACCAGCUCUUUAACAACUGUGGGGCCAGCCCCCGGCGCUUGGAACGCCUCAGCUGUGGGGAAAACCAGAGCCUCAUCUUCUGCCACACCGAGGACGGCCUCUUUCGCUUCCUGUGCCCCGUCACCGGCGAGCUCCUGUUCCUCACCUGGCCCUUCGCAGCCCUGGACAGCGCCGUCACCUCGGCCUACGACCCCCAACAGAGGGAGCUGUUCGUGGCCAUGGGGAACGCCAACCUGAUCGUUUUCGAUACCACCAAGUGCCCGUCUAUGCCCAAAUACAUCCUGCAGGCCUGCGCUGACGCUGAAGAUAAAAUACAGUGCAUGGCCUACGGGCGGCCUCACCUGGGCUGCAGCAUAGAUGGGUUGAUAUACUGCGGCCACAAGAGCGGCAUCGUGAGUGUGUUGUCCAAGCACGCUUAUGCCCGCACUGAGAAAUGCAUGCAUAUCGGACCCGUGCUGAUCAUCUCCACCCUGACUGGGUCCCCGAGCAGCUCCAGGGAGAACACUUUGAUAUGUUCUUACGGCUUGGACCACUAUGUGCACCUGUCAGAGGUCAUCUUCAAGGGCUUAAAGGUGAGUCUGUCCGCCUUCACCAGCAUCCUGAGCAGCUGCCACAUCCACCACCUGAUCCUCAUGCCCAAGUCUGUGGGCGCCAUCACCGAUGAGAGUCGCCUUCGGCUUUGGAAGUACUGCGACUUCCUGGUGUCCCCUAAAAUGAGCCAAAACUCAUCUUUCCGAGAGACUGUGCCCCUGCACAAACGCCCAAUUGUUUCCUUUGAUAUCUGCCUGAGCCUGGAGAUCUUCGCCACGGGUGCCAGCGACGGCACUGUGGGCAUCUGGGACAUGAAAGGCAAUUCUGUGGCCAGAUUCAACUCCAGCGUGCCCUUCGGCCCGAUCUGCUUCGCCAACGAAAGGGGAGAUCUGCUCCUCACUUUCAACAGUUGUAUCUACCUGGUAUCCUGCAUGAAGCUGCUCCCUCUUUCCCGGCUCAACUAUUUGGCUGGCCUGAACCUGGAGGACGAAGUGAAACAGGUGGCCAAACCAUUCUUGCCUAGCUUCUUCUUGUCCUUUGCGACCUUAUUCCUGCCUCGCUACGUCUACGUGGGUGAAGGGAUGCAGAAACUCCGGGGGUUAGAUGCCCUGCCCAACUUGCGGACUAUCGCCUUUGACCAUACAGUCCCCCACGUGGUGGAAGAGAUCGAGGGUCAGGUCGCCUUGAAGGGCAAGUCCCAGAAGGGGAAACGCAAGAUUGUCUUCAUGUUGGACCAAACCCCAGAGGAACAGAAGCCUCCGCUGUCCAUCUUCACCCAAGAGGAGUUAGCACUCUGGGAUGGACGGCACCCUAUGCGGUUGCUGCAGCGUUUCUUUGGCCAAGGGCGGAAGUGGAUCAUCGCCCCAGAUGGCUACAUCCCUAACUCGGUGGUAAGGGCACGCCUCUGGCCCGAGGGAACACCCGUCUUCCUUCAGUGCAGGCUAGGGGACAGCCGGCGAGACCUGAGGUAUGACGGAUCCAAGUUUAGGUUUUUUGCGACGGAAAGCGUGAACGAAGAAGAUGAAGAACUGAGCUUUGAGGCCAACGAGGGACUAGCCCAGCGUGCCAUGUCCCCGUCUCAGGAACUCUUCCUGAACCUCAAGGACCGAAGUCGGCAGAUGAGCGACCUCUCUAUCGACAAAACCAUCACGACCCUGCUUGGCAUGAUGAACAACGCGUUACCCGAGAGAUACAGGCAAUGUAUCAACCUCAUGUCGCAGAUCUUCGCCAGCUACGAUGUGGCGCCGGCGCUGCGCUCAGAAACGGCGCGGCAGCUGCUGAACGACACGUCCCACUCCAAGGCUGAAAUCCGGAGGGACGCCUGGGAGGGCCUGGAGCGGCUCGGCCUCAUCAGCCACCUCUUUGCCAUCCCCCUGAUCCGCGGUUUGCUGGAUGUGGAUGAGAAAGUGCAGGCGAAGGCCUGGGAACUCAUAGGCACCCUGACGGGCAUCCGUGACAAGACUGCCUUAUCGGAGCUGCUCCGGAACCGCGAGACCUUCCGAGGACUACAGCAGGAGAAGAUUGGGGAUGAGUCCUUGGACCAGUUGCUGGGGAUGCGGCUCCAUGACCUUCACAACCUAAUGGAAAUGGUGGAGCACCAGCUGGGCGACGACCUGACCCCUACCAACAUUAAAACAAAAAUGGACUUAUCUUCAGAGCUGUUGCUCCUCACUCAGCACCCAGCCUUCAGGAGUGCCCAGACCACUCCUGAUUCAGAUGUUCCCAAAAGCCAAAAGAAACAGAAGGAUCUCAGCAGAAGGGCAGCGAGAUUCAAGUCUUUGGGUGCCUUCAAGAGGUCCAGAGCUGAAAGUCAAGAUGGCAGAAAACCCAUUGAAUCCAUUAGCUCUGAAAGUACCAAGUCACCAUCGAAAGCCACUGAGAGCAAGGUCAGCCUCCCAUCAGCCGCGUCAGCCACUCAGUCUCUUCAGAGCAAGACACAAAGACCAUCUAGGGAGGACAGCCGGGAUUAUCCGAGCGAAGAACCCCUUGGUGAUUACGUUGAUAUGAGCCUGAAGGUCAUGAGACAAGCUCGCCUCAAGAAGGCCAUAGCGGCGUCCAAGGAGACACCCCUGAAGAAGGAGGCCAAAGGGGCUAAGAGGAAGAAGGGUAAAGCCGGUAAGAAGGCAGAGGAAGAAGAGGAGGAGGGACAACAUGAAGGAGAGAGAAGAGAAUCGGAGAAGGACAAGGAGAAGAGGGAUGAAAAAGUGCCCAAGAAGUCUGGCUAUCUUGAACAAGGCAAAGACGAAAGCUGGAGGGAUGACAUCUGCCGGCUAAUGAACUUGAGAAUUUCGACUUCCCAAAAACAGCUGGUUGAGGAUCUGGGUCAAGAGAUAGUGGCUGUGGCUGAGGAGAUGCUAGAAAAGCCAUCCCCCAGCUGGGAACUCUUCCAGGCCAUCUGUCCUUUCCUACCACCUUCCGAGGGGGAAGAGGUGGGGGAAACGAAAGAAGAGGAGAAGGAGGAGGAGGAAGAAGAGGAGCAUGUGGUCUUAGAGGAAAAGGAAGAGUCAGAGGCUGAGUCAGAGGAGUUGGGUCUUCAAAAGGCCAGAAAAAGGAAAAUGUUUUUCUCAGACACUGAAGGCCUUACCUUGCAAGAGGCUAAACUCAGGAGGCAAGAGUGGAAACUGCUUCAGAGGAAGAAGAGACUGGGCAGGGAAGAAGACAAUUUGGCCAAGACAAAGGAAGAGCUGGCCAGGAGAGAGGAAGAGCUGGCCAGGAAAGAGAAAGAGCUGACUCAGUUAAAGGUAGAACUGGCCGAGGAAGAGAAAAUGUCUUUAAGUGGCAAGGAGGAGGAAGACGAGGCCUUAGAGGGCAAACUCUCACACUUGAGGCUGUUCAAGGAUAGCAUGCAGAAGUCCAAGGAUAAAAUGAGGCUGGCCAGGGAGCACAGAACGAGGGCCAUUGAAGAGAGGAGACCGGCCAGGGAUAUGACAAGGGAGAAGGCUCACAGAGCCAGUAUCCCAAAGGAAGACCAGUCUCAGGCCCAGGAGAAGAAGACACUGGCUAGGAGGAACAGGGCAGAUGCAAAGGAGAAGAUGGAAAGGGCCCUAGAGGAAACAUUAGAGCUCUGGGAGAGGAAAAGGCAGGCUCAGGAAGAAACAGAACAUCUUCUGGAGACGAGGGACUUGCAUUCAGUGCCUAAAAUAAGUGCGGCAGAGGGGCCGCCUGAGGUGGGGUCAUCAGAGGAAAGGCCAUCCGAGGAAAGGCCGUCUGAGGAAAGGCCAUCCGAGGAAAGGCUGUCUGAGGAAAGGCCAUCUGAGGAGGAGCCAUCUGAGGAUAGACCAUCUGAGGAAAGUCCAUCUGAGAAGGGGCUGUCUGAGGAAAGGCCAUCUGAGGAAAGGCUGUCUGAGGAAAAGCCAUCUGAGGAGGGGCUGUCUGAGGAGGGGCCAUCUAAGGAAAGUCCAUCUGAGAAAAGUCUGUCUGAGCAGGUGCCAUCUGAAGAAAGUCUAUCUGAGGAGGAACUGUCUGAGGAGGGGCUUUCUGAGGAGGAGUCAACUGAGGAAAGGCUGUCUGAGAAGGUGCUGUCUGAAGAAAGUCCGUCUGCAGAGGGACUGCAUGAGGAGGGGCUGCUCCUGGAGCAAAAGGGGAUACUGCCAGAGAAAGUGCUGCUUUUGCUUCACAAAAAGGAAAUGCUGACAUCUGAGCAGAUCCAAUUAGCCAAGGAGGAAAGGCGGGAAAAGAUUCAACUAACACAGAUGGAAAUUAAGCUCCCCACUGAAGAGAAAACCCUGUUGUUGGAAGAGAAGCAGCUGGCUGCGGAAAAGGCAAAGGUGAUCAGGGAAGAGAAGGAGCGUCUGUGGAAGAAGCAAGUGCUAUUGAAGGAGGAGAUGGAGCUGAGCCCUGAUGAAGAGUCCAUGGGAGAAGAAAGGCUUCUGUACAAAAAAGAGAAGAGAAGGAACCUCAGGGAAAAGAGGAGGAGACUAGAUCAGGAAGAGAAAGAAGUGGCCAUGGAGAAACAGGAGCUCUUCAUAGAGGGGAUUUUGCUGAAGGAAAGGAAGAGGAAGAUUAGCCAGGAGAUGAAGAAGUUAUGGAGGGAAAAGGAGCAGCUCCAAAGGACUUCUUCCCCUGGGGAGGAGAGGGAGUCCUCCAAGGAGACAGGCUCCAGGGAGAAGCAACCGUCCUCAGAAGAAAGUGAACACUGGAGCGAGGAUGAAUGGAAGAAGGAGUCAGGGCUGGAGCUCGAGGAGGGAGAGCUGAGCAGUGAGCAGAUGAGACAGCUUGGGCAGAAGAGAUGGAAGCUUCAGAAGAAGCCGGAGCUAUCCAUCACGCCAAGUGGCAUGAUGAAAGAUGAAGAGUUGGCCAAGUCUGCUGAGGAAAGGUCAGAGAUGAGGCGGAGGGUCCGGCAAAGGAGGAGGCAGCUCCGGAAAGAAAGAGAGCUGAUGGAGGAGCAGAAGGAGCUGGCCAAGGAGGAGCUCAGGAAGAUGGAGAAAGAGGAGCUUCUGAGAGAGGAGGCGAUGAUGAAGCUGUCUGAAGAGCUUUUCCUCCUGGAGGAGAAGAAAAUGGCCCUAAGACAGAAGACUCUGGCUCACCAAGGGAAAAGACUGGUUGAUGAAGAGAGGAGGCUGGCCAAGGAGGAGAGCAAACUGGCCCUGUUGGAGAAGAAGAUCUACUCCAGGGAGAUGAAACUCGCCAACAAGGAAUGGCAGGUGGCCAUGGCAGAGAGAGCCAAGCUCCAGAAAGAGACUGGCUCUAAGAUGACCGAGGAGGAGGAGAAGGAGACUGGGGAGCUGAAGAAGUGGUUGAAAUGGCUUCAGAGGAAGCUUCGGCAAAUUCAGAAUGCAAUGAAGUUGAGGAAGAAGGAGAGGGCCAGGGAACACCGGGAACACCCCUUGGAGAAGGGGCCAGAGGAGUUGGAGGAAGAAGAGGAAGAGGAAGAAGAAGAUGAGGAGGAGGAGGAAGAGGAGGAGGAAGAAGAGAAAGAUAUAUACGAUAUCACUGAAAUGACUAUGGAAGAGAGUCUAUUCAUCUCAGAGGAAGGCAUUUUGGGAAAACCUUCUAGGAAGGCAGUUGAGAAGGGUCCCAAGAAAGCCAUGGGGCUAAAGUUCUGAAGCCGAUUCCUUUCACCA